AUGCUGGGGCGCGCUAAAAAGGUGACAGCCACAAAAGAUGACACCAUCCUUCUGGAUGGUGGUGGGGAGAAAAGCUCAAUAAAGGCAGCUUGUGACCAACUCAGAGAAGAGAUAAAGAUUGCCACCAGUGACUAUGACCGGAGCAAACUUCAGGAGUGCCUGACAAAGCUUUCUGGCUGCGUUGCUGUUCUGAAGAUUGGUGGUGCAAGUGAGGUGGAAGUCAGUGAGAAGAAGGACCGAGUGACUGAUGCACUGAAUGCGACCAAGGCAGCUGUUGAGGAUGGCAUUGUGCCAGGUGGCGGCAUUGCCCUCUUGCAUGCAUCCAGCGCACUUGCCGAAGUGAAGUCCUCUCUCGAGACUUUCCACCAGCAACUGGGGUUGGGCAUCGUUGAAAAGACACUGAAAGUGCCUGCAAAAACAAUUGCAGACAAUGCAGGAGUGGAGGGUUCAGUUGUUGUUGAGAAGAUUCUUGAAUCAGGCGACCCAAACUUUGGCUACGAUGCAGCUGCGGACAGAUACAGCGAUCUGACAAAAUGGGGGAUCAUUGACCCAUUGAAGGUGGUUUGCACUGCUCUGGUCGAUGCCGCCAGUGUAGCCAGUCUCAUCACCACAUCGGAGGCUGUGGUCGUGGAGGCACCUGAAGACAAGAAGUCUGCACCAGGUGGUGCGGGUGGCUACCCUGGGGGAAUGAAAGACAUGGACUAUGCAUUAUGGCAGCAGCAACACACAUGCUCUUGUGGGCAUCAAAAAUACACAAUUGAUGCUUUUCUUGGCUUUGCAGUUCGAUUCAUGGAAUCACAUAGCCAGGGGACCUAA